CGCCUCCCGUGAACCACGCCUCCUGCCAAGCUCCUCCCCCGGGCCCGCCCCGCGGCGCAUUGUGGGACCUGUCUGCCUGCAGGGUGGUGGAGGACGCUGCGGUUGGCCAUGGGGAUCCAGACGAGCUCAGCCCUGCUGGCCUCGCUGGGGGUGGGGCUGCUUACUCUGCUCGGCCUGGCUGUGGGCACCUACUUGGUUCGAAGGUCCCGCCGGCCCCAGGUUACUCUCCUGGACCCCGAUGAGAAGUACCUGCUGCGACUGCUGGACAAGACGACCGUGAGCCACAACACCAAGAGGUUCCGCUUUGCCCUGCCCACCGCCCACCACAUUCUGGGGCUGCCUGUGGGCAAACAUGUCUACCUGUCUGCCCGAAUUGAUGGCAGCCUGGUCAUCAGGCCGUACACUCCUGUCACCAGUGAUGAGGACCAAGGCUACGUGGAUCUUGUCAUCAAGGUCUAUCUGAAGGGUGUGCACCCAAAAUUUCCUGAGGGCGGGAAGAUGUCUCAGUACCUGGACAGUCUGAAGAUUGGGGAUGUGGUGGAAUUCCGGGGGCCAAGUGGACUGCUCACUUACACUGGGAAAGGGAAUUUUAACAUUCAGCCCAAUAAGAAAUCGCCACCAGAACCCCGAAAGGCGAAGAAACUGGGAAUGAUUGCUGGAGGGACAGGUAUCACCCCAAUGCUACAGCUGAUCCGGGCUAUCCUGAAAGUACCUGAAGAUCCAACCCAGUGCUUUCUGCUUUUUGCCAACCAGACAGAAAAGGACAUAAUCCUGCGGGAAGACUUAGAGGAGCUGCAGGCCCGGUACCCCAAUCGCUUUAAACUCUGGUUCACUCUGGACCAUCCCCCCAAAGAUUGGGCCUACAGCAAGGGCUUUGUGACUGCUGACAUGAUCCAGGAGCACCUGCCUGCCCCAGGGGAUGAUGUACUGCUGCUGCUCUGUGGGCCACCCCCAAUGAUACAGCUGGCCUGCCAUCCCAACUUGGACAAAUUGGGCUAUUCACAAAAGAUGCGAUUCACCUACUGAUUCACCUACUGAGCACCUUCCCAGCUGCCCUGGUCCCAUGUCUGCAACUAUACCCAGUCAGUACUCAAACACUACAAGCCCUAGAUUUUUUUUCCAGAGAAUGUCAGCCCUUGGUAUCUUGCACUGGAACUACAAUGUAGAUGAUACCUGCAGGAACAACAUUCCUGUAGCCAUAGAAAAGGGCCAAGGCUGAGAUAUUCCCAUCAAGGCCCUCAGAUCUCCCUAGGUGAGGCCCCUGGAGCAGUCUCGUUCUUAGGGUUGAAAACAAGGAGGCAUGUACAUUUGUUCCAAGACUGGGCUGGUUCCUUGAUAGCAUCACAUUCUCACCUUCUUUGUGUCUGUGAUGAAAGGAACAGACUAUGCAGAGGGUUUUGCUUAGUCUUCAGUACUUAAACCAUGGGCAAAUUUUGCUUAUGUGAUUGCAAGUUGAUUUACAAAGGCAGUCUUCUAGAGACAGGGAAAGGAAGAAAUGGUUUCCUAAAAACUUCAGACUAAGAAGGACUGUGAAAUAUGUUUUUGUGUUUGUCUCUCUCGGCCUCUGCCCAGGCUAGAGAGAAAUGGCUAUCUAUAAUCUAAGAUUGCUACUUACACAGGAACCUCUGGCUCUUAAAAUAAAUAGGCUUGAGGCCCCAGUGUGAUAUAUGAGGGGUUGUUGUGUUUCGGGUCCUUGUUUCAAAAUGCCUACAGAUCUUGGGAGAAAAGUCUUCCCAGCACAAAAUCUCCUGGGUUUUCCAAAGAGCCUUUGAGCAGUUGUACUGUGUGCUGAAAUGUGAGCUGCCACCAGACUCCGUGGUCAUCUCAGCAGCUGUUUCUGCAGAGCCAGAGCUCAACUCUUCCCUGGAGGCUUCUGAGGUGGGGGAAGGAGAACACAUGCUAGAGAGACGUUUUGGGAGCACAGGUACCCCUCCCAAUGGUCCUUUGAUUUGGCCAUUCUUCCCCUCUUCCUUCGCUUAGCCUUUCUCUCACCAUAUUUAUUCUUCAGGUUAUUUGGCACACAAAUCAAAGGAUUGCCUUUCCAUUUGGAAGGGAAGCUGUCUUUAAAAAGUAACCUGACAUCACCAGCCCCAAACAGACUUGGUAUCUGAACAAAGUUGGCCUCCCCCAGUACUAUCUGUCCCAAGCAUCCUUCCCUGCUAUGAGAGCAUACCCCAAUCCACUCCCUUCUCCCAAGAUAAAACUGGGGAAGCCUC